CAGUUGUCGAACAGGGCAGAGUAAAAUGUCACCGGUACUGGCCUCGCUUGAAUGAGACUGUCGAGUUCGGGACUCUCCAGGUCACUUGUCUGAAGGAGGAGGAGACGCCAGGUUUUGCGUUUAGAGAAUUCACUCUCAUCAACACAGAGACUCAGGAUGAGCGACACAUCACCCACAUGCAGUACCUGGCAUGGCCGGACCACGGUGUCCCUGACGACUCAACAGAAUUCCUCCACUUUGUAACCCAAGUUCGCCAAGCUAGAGCAGGUAUGGUUGAACCCACGAUAGUACACUGCUCAGCGGGCAUUGGGAGGACCGGCGUGCUCAUCUUGAUGGAGACUGCACAGUGCUUGAUUGAGGCCAAUGAGCCAGUUUAUCCACUAGAUGUAGUUAGAGCUAUGAGGGAUCAGCGUGCAAUGAUGAUCCAGACAGCUAGUCAAUACAGAUUUGUAUGCGAAGCCAUUCAGCGAGUGUACUCAGAAGGCCUUGUUAAACCUCUUGCAGAGUACCAGCAGAGAUGAGGGAUUUAAUGUCACUUGAUUAUGGUGACAAAGUGUGACAACUGUGUAUCAGAUGUACAUUUUCUGUGACUGAAGAUAAAGCAUAAGUUAUAGCUGAGCCAUGACAUGACAGCAUGACAGCAGAAGUAUUUCUACUGUUUCCUGUGAUGGAAGUGGCAAAAGAUAAAGAACGAGGCAUGCUGGUUGUAAAAGUGAGGAAAUAGAGCAAGCAUACUGUGUAUAUAUCCUAUAAUAGGAGCUUGAAAACAAUUUAUCCUACAAUAGGAGUCUGGAAAAGAAUUUAUACCAUUACUGAAAUCCGUGUUCUGCCUCGAGAGGAUGAAUCUCUCUGGGGCCCAAAGCUACCACAGUAAGGAAAAAAAAAAAAAAAAAUGUAGAUAGUAAAAUAAAUUGCUAAAAGUAUUUAUGAAUAAUGUGAGCUAUAUCAAUGACAUUAAAAUAAUAAAGAGCACUGCUCAUUCCCUGUAUGAAAUCGGGCAUGUCCAGACUAUCUUUUGAAUCAAUGUAAACAUCAAAAUGAUCAUUGCUCAAGACCUAUUUAUUCGCCAGUUCCACAGCAACAGCGAAAUGAGGUACUUUCAAAUUCCUCGAUAAUUGUGUGUUCAUAUAUACACACUGUCAUAGUGUGUUGUUGAAACACCUUGUGUGUAUGUGCAUGCAUUAGUUGGUUACCAAAAUGCCUGUACAUAAUCAUGUGCACUGGAGUGUGAAUACUGUAGAUAAUACAAUCUUUUUAAAAGACAGAUCCUAACCCUAGUAGUGUUUCUACUGUACAGGAUAUUUUCUAUUUACUAUUAAAAAAGAUCAGUAGUUACACAUCAGACACUCUGACCCUCACCACUCAAGCCUUUGUGAAACAUGUUGCAGAUUUUUGUGUCACCAUGCUGAUAUUGGGAAUGAACCAAAAAUUUGUAUGGAUGUCCUUAACCCAGCAGUUCAUUUGGUGAGGGUGUUAUGGAGCAGUGGAAAUUGGUGACAUAAAAUGGUGUUAACAUGUACACUGCCAAAGUUUCACUCUUGUUUGCCAGGGAUGCUACUCUCAACUUCAAGAAAACAGUCCAGUUAAGCACAAGAUGUGGUGUGUUAUUAAAUUGUUGCUGUUACUUUAUGUUCUCCAGUUCUGGCACUUUGCUGCUAAACUGAAUGCGAUAUGUUAUGGCAUUGUAGUAACAUAAUAGUACAGGGUAUUUCACCACAGUGCCUCUCUAAAGUAUUCUGUUUGGAAAAAGUGCACAUUACUACUGGAUGUGAGUAUUGACACUGUCUCUUAGCACCCCAAGCAUUACAAGGGCUAGCCACUCCCCCCACAGUCCUGGGACCCACAUGUGCCUUUCUCUUGUUGUAAGAGCCUGCCUCAAGCAACUGACAAUCCCCACACUGAUGGUAUACACUCAUCAUCAGAUAGAAAUGCUGUUGUUUUAACAGUGUUGCACAGCACAGUGCCUCUGACUCAAUAACUUCACUUUGAAGGUAUUUUGACCUACUAUUCCUAGGCAGUUUUCCUAUGCUGAAAUUGAGAUGUAAAGUGGGUGUAGGAAUUAUUCUCUCAAAGGCUCUUUAUUGCCUUCUAGGCUUUUUUUUACCCUAGGGCAACUUGGGUGCUGCUGCCCUACACCACUCAGGGUAUGGUAAACACACUUAGAACACAUUAUGCCUUUGGUCGAGCAUUUUAAUGCGCAAAUUUUACCUGGUCAUGAGUUUAUGUAAUGUAUGUGGAAAAAGAAGUUUUCUUGUAUGGUUGAAUGCUGAACUUGUCCUCAGACAUUAAGAUAAUUAAAAGCAAACAGUUUUUUUUCCUUUCCUUAUCCAAACCUCCGGCUAGCCUGCCCAUCAAGUAGUUUAGUCUUAGAGGCUCCUGACAGGCUCAAGAUGUCACUGUUAUUAUGGAAAAAAGGCAAAGUUUGAUCUUUUUGAUUUCAGGAAUAAAUCUCAUGUUUGCAAUCUCUGUAUGCAAGGAAUUGGUUCUGUUUAAGAAUGGUUCUAGUCAUUUGUAUUUUAAAGACACGAACCAACAUUGAAGUAACAAAAGUAAAAAAAAAAAAAAAGCAAGAUUGGGGUCAUACCCUUUCUGUAUUUGAAAAAUUCAGACCCAAAACCUCAAAUUUUGUGAAUGUUGGUUUGGUAUGUACAGGAUUAACAGUUGUGUGUGCUUUUUACCUUCAGUAUUAAGUGCAAGACCUACAUUCUUCCUCCUGCAUUUGUUCUCGUUUCACUUGUACUUUUCAUGCAACCCACUUGUAUACUUGUGAAAUCCCUCUUUUUAGAUUUUUCAACUGUGAUUUUUUUUUUCUCAUGUGUGGUUAACAUAGGAUGCUACAAAUGUAUUACCAAUAAUUUUUUUCUUGAUCCAACCUGCAUCAGAGUGAAAGAAGUAACACUGUCCUUCACAUAACCUGAUACCCUCGGUGACCAGUGAUAUGUUCUCAGCAGUAUUUUUAUUUGGCAGAUUCUGGGAUACAGUUUUUAAAAAGUAAGGCAGAAAUAAGUUGCAAUGAAAGUAUUGCUGAGGCAAACUUUAUCUGGUCAAGUACAUUCAUACUAGUGAUGAAUCUACUGUUUAUCACAACCAUUAGGAAGUGCAUUGCAGUGCACCGUGUAUGAAUUUUGCUGAAAUGGUUUAAAACUUAUCCUGAUUUGUCAUAUUUUAAGUAAUAUAAAUCAGUGUGACAGGGAAAAAUUGUGUUGUAUUUGACACAAAUGAGCAAUAAAGGAAAAUGGUUUGUAA